AAUCAAUGGGACAGCCCAGUAUUGGUUGUAGAGGGGAUGCUAGCCGUAGACGUAUACGUACUGCCGUAGUGGUGGGAGUUGGAUCUUACGAUAUAACCCGUCAUUUCCACGGCCAUUGUUACAGAAACAGUCACCAGUGAAACUGUAGCGAGUGGUGGAUCAGUAAACAUGACUUUUCAUUUUAUGGUGCUAUGCUCCCUGACGGCAUGUGUCCUGGGCCAAGGAUACUUGGGUUCUCAAGACCCUGGGGUACUUCCUGUAUACAACCAGCCAGAACAGAGGAUAGCCGACUCCCUCACACGGACCGGACCUCUAGACAACGCUUCUCAGGACCAGUCUGGAGCUGUAGAAGACCCUGAAGACAGUCAGACUACUCCUAGAGCUCCUACUUCUACAACUGUUAUCCCUACUAGAAGAGGAGGACCUUCAAGGAGAACUCAAACUGGGGUACAGAGAACAUCUCAAGAUAGACUGCAAAAUGUACCUCAAAGUGGACAACAAGACGGACUACAGAGUUUACCUCAAAAUGGAUUUCAGAGAAUACCUCAAAUUGAGCCACAAGACGGACUACAAAAUGUACCUCAAAGUGGAUUCCCAAGUGGAUCACUAAAUGGGCAACAAGAUGGACUACAGAAUGUACCUCAAAGUGGAUUUCAAAGAACACCUCAAAACGGACUACAGAAUGUACCUCAAAGUGGAUUCCCUAGUGGAUCGCAAAGUGGACAACAAGACGGACUACAGAAUGUACCUCAAAGUGGAUUUCAGAGAACACCACAAAACGGACUACAGAGUGUACCACAAAGUGGACUCCCAAGUGGAUCGCAAAGUGGACAACAAAACGGACUACAGAAUGUACCUCAAAGUGGAUUUCAGAGAACACCACAAAACGGACUACAGAAUGUACCACAAAGUGGAUUCCCAAGUGGAUCGCAAAGUGGACAACAAGACGGACUACAGAAUGUACCACAAAGUGGAUUCCCAAGUGGAUCGCAAAAUGGUUUUCAGAGGAGGCCUCAGAGUGAUUUUCAAAAUGUUCCUCAGAAUGGAUUUCCCAGUGGAACACAAAACGGAUUCCAGGGGCGACCACAAAAUGGAUUUCCUAGAAGACCUCAAAAUGGAUUCCCAGGAAGGUCUGAUGGAUUUAACCCUGGAUUUGACCACCCAGAUCCUUUCCGAUACAUUCAUCCGGAGUUUGGUUACAAUCCUGAUCAUUAUCAUGGACACCCUGCAUCUCAAAGGCACAUCCCAGGACACCAGCGCAGGUUUUAGCACUGUUGGUUAGCUCAGUUAUUUAUUGACAUAGUUUUUACUGCAGUACAAAAUUAGGAUUUUUUUUAUUUUUGCAAAUAAAAACAAUUGUUUAUA